AGACGAUUUGGAGCGCAAUCCGCGGCGCCGCCUCCUUGCAGCAUGUCCGACGCCGUCCCCUCGAGCGCGGCCACGAUGAAGACCGAAGGGCCGCCCAAGAAGCAGGCCAAGACGGGCACGCCCCGCACGGCGACGCCCAAGGCACCGAGGGCCGCGCGUGCCACCUCGGGCGGGGCCAAGAAAAGGCAGCACCGGCGCCCGUGGCCAUUCCGCCCAAUGGCCUCGCCAAGCCGAGCCCGCAGCCGACUCCUGGCCCACCCGCCUUUUCUGCGCCGCCGGCCGCGACCGCACCCAUGGCCGCCAAUGCCAACAUGCCUCGCCCAGCGUACCCGGGCAUGCCGCCAGCGCAAGCCCAGGGCCCAAACGCCAUGGGGCCGAACGCGCCAGACACGAACGUACGCCGCAGCAUCAUGCACGCGCUGUUCAUGCGCUACAAGCAGCUCCACGGCAGCAACGCGGACGACGCGACGUUGCAGCGGAUGGCGGCGAACCUCGAGCGCGAGAUCUUCCAGCGCGCGCCGAUGCGCGACGAGUAUGCGCAGGUCGCGGCCGCCGAGAUCAAGCGCCUCGAAGUGAGCCAGCAGAUGUACGGGACGCCGCCGCAAGGCCGCGAGAUGGCGUCGGGCGGCGCGACGCCGGUCGGCCCGCCGCAACGCCCGCCUGCCCCGUACGGCGCCCCGUCGCCCGGCGGCAUGAUGGACUACCGGUCGUCGUCAUCCGGGUCGUACGUACCGCCCAACACGCUUUCGUACCAAGAGUUUUGUGCGCGCAUGCAGUACCAGCCGAUCCAGAAGCUCAUCGACAUCAUGUGGAGCCAGCGCACGAUGAUCUACGACUUGCAGCAGGAGCUGUGCCACUACAAGAAGCAGCUGCAGCCGCCACCGUCCGCUCAAAUGUACCCGCCGUCGUACCCGCCGCAGCAGCGACCGUACCACCCGAGCCCCAACGCCACCACCACCACCAACAAUGGCGAGAGCACGCCGACGACGAGCUACGACCGGCGCCCGCCGCCGACGCCGCCACAAAACGCGACUGCGUACUGGGCCAAGGUCGCCGAGCUCAAGGACGCGCACAGCAACCACCUCAAGAAGGCGUACCAGAUCCUCUGCAUGGCGUCCCAGUCGACCGCCAGCAUGCAGUCCAACAAGGCCGAGAGCAUGAAGCAGAACAUCCACUACGCCAUGGUCGUUCUCAACGAAACCCAGGAGACCGCAGCGCAACCGCGCGACUUUUCGGUGAUUACGUCGGUCGAGGCGUUCAUCCGCGAGAGCAUUCUGCCGCUCAUCCGCAAGGUCCAAGAAGUCUCACAGCAAAAGGCUGGGACGCCGACGCACGCCGGUCCGGCACAAGGCCCGCCGCAGCAGCAACAACCGCUGCGGGGGCCGACGCCGCCGGUGCAAGUCAAGGACCGGGGCCAAUUUACAAAGCAGCUCCUGGACGAGAAGAAACCGAGUGCGAAGGAGAACCAGAGCAGCAACAUGGACGACUUUGAUGACUUUACGGGCCUCGACGACCUCGACGACCUCGACGAGAAGGACGACGACACCCGGUCGUCGUCGUCGUCGUCGUUCAAUGCGAAGAAGCGUCCGCUGAGCGAACUUUAA